UCGUACGUAAGUCCGUUUUGCAGAAGAAGAGAAUGACGACAAUAUCAGAUCUUCCAUGUGAUUUGGUAGGGGAAAUACUGUCUAGAGUUCCAUUGACAUCUCUGGGAGCAACACGAUCUACUUGCAAAAAGUGGGAAGCUUUAUCUAAAAAUCGGAUUUUUGGUAAAAAAGCAACAGAGAAGCAGUCUCUGGGGUUUAUGAUGAAGGAUUCAAGGGUUUGUUCUUUGAAAUUCGAUCUCCAAGGAAUCCGAAACUACGGGGACUUGGUUGAUCUAUCUAUAAAUCAAGUAAGCAUACUUAACCAAGUCGAGGUACAUAGAGUCUUUCACUAUGACGGUUUAUUGCUGUGCGUCCUCAAGGACAGGUCGAGGCUCUUGGUAUGGAAUCCUUAUUUGGGUCAAACCAGGUGGAUCCAACCCAGGCAAAACUUCGACGUCUUGGACAGGUAUGCUAUCGGUUCUUGGGUACGAAAUCUACGAUUUUAGCUCUAAUUCAUGGAGGGUCGUUGGUGUCGAACCACCCGAGUGGUUUAUAUGGUCUCAUCAACGCGGUGUGUCUUUGAAAGGGAAUGCUUUUUUUGCUGCUAAAAGGGAAACAACAACAGUGGUUGGUGGUGGAGGAAAAAAGAUUAUUGAACAAGAUAUCUUACUCUGUUUUGAUUUCACAACAGAGAGAUUUGGACCGAGUCUGUAUCUUCCGUUUUGCUCUAACGAUGAUGCAAAAGACAAUGUUACUUUAUCUUGUCUCAGAGAUGAGCAGCUCGCCGUGUUACACCAACACAUGAAUAGAUGUCAGAUCAUGGAGAUUUGGGUUACGACUAAGAUUGAUCCCGAUGUGUCAUGGAACAAGUUUAUGAGAGAGCUCGCUGGUUAUCCGGUUGACACUGAAGGUGGGAGUUUCUUCAUUGACGAGGAGAAGAAUGUUGCUGUUGUUUUCGACCUAGACCAUCUUCAGGCUUUAGCUCACAUGUUUGGACCAAGGAGGUACUUCAGAUCUGUUAAAAUCGGAAAAGCCCUUAAUAUCGGAAAACUUGACGAGUUAGGAUAUUUUCAUGCCAAGUAUCGUCUCCCUCUUGUGUGCUCUUCUUAUGUUCCAAGUUUAGUGCAACUGCAAAUCAACCAACCGGGUUGCAAAAAAAGAAAAACAGAAAGAGUUUAUAAACCCAAAAGCAAAAUGAAAGAAGAACAAAGGGAAAAAAAUGGUGGGAUAGAGGUUUACUAGUUAGUUCCAUCCCUUGUUUUAUUUGGUUUUAUUUGCAAUAUAACAUUACUUAUUUGUUUCUUGCAUCUCUCCGGUUUUUAAUUUAUUCAUGUCCCCUA